AUGGAACGCAUAUUCUGCCCCGACAAGCUUGAUGUUGAUCCAAAUUCAACAGCUGCUGAGAAGGAAUACAAGCAUUGGGCCUUUGAUCAAGCUAGAGCCUUGGAUCUUGCACAGCGUACUUCGGAAGCCUUCCAGCCAUUAAGCCCUGUCAUUGCAGCAGCUUCAGGAUGUGUGGAGGAAACUGUUAAGUCACCACACACUAAUCAACAAGAUAUACAUCCAGUUGAGGACUCAACACUUGCUAGUAUGACCACUAAGAAACGAUGUUGGUUUUGUGGUGGCAGUCUUCAUUUACGGGCGAGAUGUCCAGCUAAAGAUAGUGAUUGCUCUUCAUGUGGAAAAAGAGGGCACUGGGCAAAAGUCUGUCAGACUGAGGGUAAGAAACAGGUCACGGCAUCAAUUUCAUCACCUACUCUUUGUGCCAUCUCAGCUGCUGUUCCUCAUUGCCUGAAUUGCUCUGCUACAAACUUAAAGGUAAAUGGAAGACGAAUCUCUGGCCUUAUUGAUUUGGCAAGUUCUGAGAGUUUCAUUGACAAGAGAGUGGCCCAUCGGCUUAAGCUUCACAUCAAACCCGUUUCCCAAAGCAUAACCCUGGCAAUGUCUUCUUCAACGGCUUCUGUGAUAAGUGAAUGGACGGUGGAUCUCUAUGUGAAUGACAGUCAUUAUUCAAACACACGUCUGGGCGUCAUUGAGAAUCUUUGUGGUGAUGUUAUUCUUUGCAUAGAUUUCCAAAAACAACACUCCUCAGUUACCAAAGAGUAUGGAGGACCCAGACCUGAGCUCAAGAUUUCCAACAUUGGUAACAAGCCUGUAUGUAGCCUGGCAUCAGCAGGCAUGUCAGAACCACUGUUAUUUGCAAACAUGCAAAGAGAUGCAAAGCCGAUAGCCACCAAAUCUAGGAAGUUUAGCCCUGAUGACCAAAAGCUCAUUACCAAAGAAAUACAACGCUUACUGUUCGAAGGCAUCAUAGAAUCAAGUACAUCACCUUGGCGUGCACAGGUGGUGAUUGCAAGAGAUGAUUCAGGCUGUCACAGAAAACGAAUGAGCAUCGACGACUCUUCUACGGUGAACAUUUACACCAAUCUCAACGCAUAUCCAUUGCCAAACAUUGAAACCAUGGUCAACACUCUUGCUAAGUACCACGUGUUUUCAACAUUUGUCCUAAAGAGCGCAUACCAUCAACUACGCAUAAGCGAGUCUGAUAAACCCUUUACAGCAUUUGAAGCACAUGGCAGACUGUAUCAAUUCACACGUGUACCAUUUGGUGUCACUUAUGGUGUUGCCGUUUUUCAAAGAGCCAUAGACAAGUUCGUGGAGGAGGAGAAUCUAUGUGACACAUUUCCCUACCUUGACAAUAGUACCAUAGAUGGUCGGGAUCAGAAAGAACAUGACGCAAACCUUGAGAAAUUUCUUGCUGCUGCUGAGGAAAGGAAGCUGACACUCAAUACAUCCAAAUCUACAACAUCAGCAACAUCGAUCAAUCUUCUGGGUUAUCAACUUGGAAAUGGUCAAAUUAAACCAGAUCCUGAAAGGCUAAAACCACUGCAAGAACUUCCACCACCUACAAGCCGAUCGACUCUUCAACGUGUUCUUGUGUUCCCCGGUGUUUCCUUACCCAUCACUGCCUUCUUCAGGGAACACUUGGAACCUUCAUCUGCUACUUUGAAUCAAACUGGUCGGCCAGUAGCCUUCAUGUCUCGGAUGUUAUCUGGCAGUGAGAUUCACUAUCCUCCUGUUGAGGAGCCGACUGCAAUAAUUGAAGCGGUGAGAAAGUGGUCUCACCCGUUGUUGGGACGGCACUUCACCAUUGUUACUGACCAGUGA